UUUUAUAGCAGGGCAGCUGAAAUGUGAGGGGUCACAAUGGGAGGAUAAAUACAAGGGCCAGCGGGCUGAAGAGUUGUCGCAGACGAAGGCCAGAUAUCUUCCAUCUCUCUCUUCUCCCAGCUCUCCUCCAAACCUCAAAGAAUCAAGAUGCCUCACGCUUUCCCUUUCCUCACUCCUGAGCAGAAGAAGGAGCUCAGCGAUAUCGCUCACAAGAUUGUGGCUCCCGGCAAGGGAAUCCUCGCCGCUGAUGAGUCCACUGGCAGCGUGGCCAAGCGCUUCCAGAGCAUCAACGCUGAGAACACUGAGGAGAACAGGAGGCUGUACCGCCAGCUCCUCUUCACCGCUGAUGACCGCGUCAAGCCAUGCAUUGGUGGUGUCAUCCUCUUCCACGAGACCAUGUACCAGAAGACCGAUGAUGGCAAGACCUUCCCCGCAUUCCUCAAAGAAAGAGGCAUGGUGGUGGGCAUCAAGGUUGACAAAGGUGUUGUCCCUCUGGCCGGAACCAACGGCGAGACAACAACCCAGGGUCUCGAUGGACUGUAUGAGCGCUGUGCCCAGUACAAGAAGGAUGGUGCUGACUUUGCCAAGUGGCGCUCUGUGCUGAAGAUCACUUCCACCACUCCCUCUAGACUGGCUAUCAUUGAGAACGCCAAUGUCCUGGCCCGUUAUGCCAGCAUCUGCCAGAUGCAUGGCAUCGUCCCCAUUAUUGAGCCAGAGAUCCUCCCCGAUGGUGAUCACGACCUGAAGCGCACCCAGUAUGUUACUGAGAAGGUGCUGGCUGCUGUCUACAAGGCUCUGUCCGACCACCAUGUCUACCUGGAGGGCACCCUGCUCAAGCCCAACAUGGUUACUGCUGGACACUCUUGCUCACACAAGUACACCAACCAGGAGAUUGCCAUGGCAACUGUCACCGCCCUGCGCCGCACUGUGCCCCCUGCAGUCACUGGAGUCACCUUCCUGUCUGGUGGCCAGAGUGAGGAGGAGGCCUCCGUCAACCUGAAUGCCAUGAACAUCUGCCCUCUGCACAGGCCCUGGGCCCUGACCUUCUCAUACGGCCGUGCCCUGCAGGCCUCUGCCCUCAAAGCCUGGUGCGGCAAGAAGGAGAAUGGCAAGGCAUGCCAGGAGGAGUACAUUAAGAGAGCUCUGGCCAACCACCUGGCCAGCCAGGGCAAAUAUGUGGCCUCUGGAGCCAGCGCUGCUGGUGGAGAUUCUCUGUUCGUCGCUAACCACGCUUAUUAAGCAUGGAGAUUCACCAUUUUCCUUCCCCCCACCUUCCCCCUAUUAUUACAUCAACUAUGGAAAAUACCUGUGAAACUGUCUUUCUGCUAUUGAACAACAGCACUUAAACAGCAUCUUGGUACAAAGUGAAAGAGAGAGAUGGAGAUAAAAAAUAAGAAAAAGCCUUCCUUUUCGGUUGUUGCUGCAGCAAGGAGAAACUGAAAAAAUGUUCUGCCUCCAUUCCCUUACCUUUUAUUUUUAAACACCUUUUCCCCACACUGUUCAACAACUUGUACUAUUUUUCCUUGGUCUGAUUCCACCAAAUGCAGUAUAUGAUAUAUACUGUUACCAUUGAAUAAAGUAUAUAUCCUAA